AUGCAUUUCCACUUUCCCUUAAGGGGUCAGCAGGAGUGGAAGGGACCAACACCUACCACCCUCGGAGUCACCCAAAGGCAUUCCCAUCAAGUCCUUGUGCUGAAAGAAAGCAACGUCCGCCUGGGAGCUUUGCCAAGGUCUUUCCAGAAGAGCAAGGGAAUGGGCACCCUCCGCUCCAUUAAAAGUGGACUCUGGUCCUUGGAGCAGCGUCUCCAUGGAAGAGGACAGCUGGCUGGCAGCGGAGAUAAGGCCCUGCCGAAUUUUCACUUCUUCCAGGAACUCCAUCCUUUGUGAAGGUUUUAAAAAUGUCCAGAGUCCGCAAAAAAUCAUGGGAUCACAGAGUUGGGAGAUACCACAAGGGCAAUCCAACCCAACCCCCUUCUGCCAGAGCCAUGGAAGGAGAAAUCCGAACUCAGGAUUAUCCUGGUUGGAAAGACCGGAGGCGGGAAGAGCACUACAGGAAACACCAUUCUUGGCCAGAAAGCGUUUGAGUCCGUUGCAGCACCAAAGACGACCACGCUCAGGUGCCAACGAGAGACAGGGAAGUGGAGAGACUUGGACUUUUCUGUGAUUGACACUCCAGACCUUUUCGGCACCUCCAGCAGGAUCCUGCUGCCAGAGAUCAGGCGUUGCAUUGAGCUCUCCAGGCCCGGCCCUUACGCCUUGGUGUUUGUGACCCAGGUGGGCCGCUUCACUGCCGAAGACAAGGUGGCAGCCAAUCAAGUCCAGGCUUUGUUUGGGGAAGGGGCCUCCAGGCACAUGGUCAUCCUCUUCACUCGCAAGGAGGAUUUAAUUGGAGAUACCUUGGAGGACUACGUGUGGGGCUCAGGCAAUCAGGCUCUCCAGGGGCUAUUUCGGAAGUGUGGGGCGCGCAUGUGUGCUUUCAAUAACAGGGCAUCUGGGGAGGAGCGGGAGACGCAGGUCUCUGAGCUGAUGGAGGUAGUCCAGCGAAUGGUGGAGGAGGAGGGAGGCAGGCAUUACUCCAAUAGGCUCUACAUGGAACCUGUCUUAACCGACGAAAAGAUCCACGCGUUCAUGGCAGAGAACAGAGGCGUCAGGCCAAAGCCAAGGGGAGGCUGGAAUUUGGAAAGGACGUGGCUGAAAAAAGGGCUGCUUGCUCUUGGUGGUUGUGCUUUGGUCAUUGGCGUGAUUAUAUUGACCAUUUAUUUGGCAAAAUGUAAUCAAUAG